CAAUGUUUUUUAUAUCCGGUAAUUUUUUUUAUUUCGAAGCGCCAGAGUGAAGUUUAUUUGAAGCUGUAACUGAUGGCUGCAAUAGGGAUUCUACUAUUUAAUUCUCCGAGAAAAUGCGCGCUAUUGUAUUUAGAAUUUUUGUCAGUAUCCUACUAGUAACGACUGUCACGUGCAUUGAAUUUAACGAUAAAAGUGCAUUGAUCUCGGAAGAGCCGACGAAUGUGAGUUUGAAAAAUCGGCAGAGCCGUACAACGUUCGUCAAAGCCAUUCUAUCCAAUCCAAAAUUAUCCCCAACUCACGUAUUGGCUGAAAAAUUUGCGAAAGAAGUUUUGAGAUCGCCGAGAACUCAGCAGACACUGAAAAAGCUCACGGAGAUCAAGCCCUCGGUGGAGAAGCGAAGUACGAAAAGGGCUGAUCAUCAGGGUGCUCGUCACAAAAAGCGAAAACGCAAGAAACAUAGACACCGAUCCGGGGGUCGACGACGACAUCAUCAUCAUAGUCAUCAUCACAGAAAUAAUCGACGACGUCGACUGGAGCGGAAGGUGCAGGGUGAAACCACACGGAGAGAAAUAUUUCUUAGAUGGAAUUUCGAUGAAACACGGCGGAAAUAUGAUUUUGCGUCAAGAAAAAUUCAAGUAAAACGUAAUGACAUGGAUUGCACAAUCACUCGAGUGAGUCUUAUGAAUCCCAUGAGACACCCGUUGCCAAUAUUUGAUCCGUUCUAUCCAGAGCCAUUGCGUGUGAGAAUAUCCCGACAAGUGCCAAAUAAACCGAGUAAAAAAUACAAUAAAAAAAUCUCAGCCUAUGCGCAUACCGAUACCGAUAAUUUCGAUAAGAAUUUAAAAUUCAACGAGUACAUGUACCCGUAUUCAAACCCCUUGUGGACACGGGGAUCACAAUUACCCGAUAUCGAUGAAAAUUCUCUGAUGUACCUCCCGGAUUAUAAUCCACCUCGAAUUUCUCUGGAUCCCUCCAGGAGGCACCAAAAUUAUUUUCCUCACGUCGAAGAGAGACGGAAAGGAUUUCCCGUCACAACUCGAGCCCUUCGUCUCCUAAAACACGAAGCAAAUACCGAAAAUUUAACUUCAAACUGUACAGCAUUGAAAACGGAAGUCAAUCCGGAAGUUAUAAAAGAUCGAGAGGAGAUAAACGGGACAAAGUAUAAUCCUCCAACGAUCUCUGGUCGUUCCGGGGAAGUCUCGGCAGAAUCUUCAGUGAAUUCCACUGGAUUAGAAACCAAACAAGUGGCUAAUGAGAUUUUGAACGAAAUCAUUGACGAACUAGAAGAUUUAAAAAAUGAUCAUACCGGGAAUAAUCCGAGAGAAGGUUUACCCUGUAAAGUUUCGGGAUCGUGGACGACCACUCAAGCGGGAGUAGAAUUAAUAAUUACGAUUACGAAUCAUACUCUGGUUGUUGCAUUGGAAAAAAUGAAUGCCUCCCUGAAAACUCAUAAUGGCAUUUUGAAUACUACAUGGAAUGUCACUGGACACAUUCCGUUCAAACGAGGCGCUCCUUUCGCUCUUGUUGCAACGAACAUCUACCUGAAAUCAUUAGCUACAUUUGUUGGUGCGUGCAGAAUUUGCCAAGGAGUUGAUACAAUCGAAGGAGUUUGGUCGGUGAUUAAGGAGCCGCGAAAUUGUCGAGACAUGCAGGCAGUGACAAGUGCUCAUUACGAUGUAUUCCGAAGAGUAAUACCGAGACCAAAGACCAAGAAGAGGAAGACGGAAAUAAAAAGAUAAUAUUAUCGAAAUAAUAUAUUUCACAUGGAGAUAUAAAAAUAUUUUCGACGCAAGCAGCUCAAUCUUGCGUAAUACAUUUGCGAAUGGCAUCUGCUCCCAACACUGUGAUCUAUUGUAUAAAAAAUAUUAAUUAAUUAUAAAAUAUGAAAUUGCAUCAAUGACAGAGAAUAUGAGCUGCACCUUUAAUGAUCCUAUAGUGUCACUCGCCUCGAUGUUGGAAACCUUAAGAGAGAUGUCAUGACU